AUGAAUUCUCCGGAGAUGUGGAAGAGCUCAAGGAAUAGGGGAACAGGAGGGAAUGCAGUGGUGGUGGGGGAACCGAGGCAGAUGAAUGCGGUAGCAGGAGAGGAUGUGGAUGAGGGAAAAGAACCAUGUGUAUACGAAGACGGACAUUUCAUCACGAUACCCAUCAUUAAUGCGAGACAACCAAAAACAAAAAUCAACGUAAAAGGGGCCCAGGUGGUCGCCUUAUGGGAUUCAGGAGCGACUAGUUCAUAUAUAAACCCAAAAACAGUGGAGGAGUUAGGAUUGGAAGUUAUAAGAUACCCAGAGGAAGUACCUGUACGUAUGUUCGAUGGUUCAGAAAGUAUCGGUGGCCCCAUCACGAAGUUCGUUGAAACAGGGAUCCGUGUGUCAAUUGAGGACGAAGUUCGUAUGAUCCGGUUGGAUGUCACGAAGUUGUGCAACGCAGAGGUGGUGAUAGGAUGGGAAUGGAUGAAGAAGGAGGGAGUGAUCCUGGAUGUUAGGAAGGAGGUGAUAAAGAUCCCGGGUACACAGAAAAGAGAGGAGGAGAAGUUAGGAGCAGUUUUUGGAUUCAAGGAAGGGGAGACUUUAGGGCCUAGAGACUCGGCGUUGGAAGACGAACUUAGUGAGGAAGAACAAGAAGAACUGCUGGAGUUGGUACCUUCUGAGUACCAUGGUGUAAGUUCCGAUUCAGUAUCCAGCCCUACGGGUAGGUUACAUUUAUUUAUUUGUGGUGAUCCUCACAAGCAGGAUCAUUACAGCAUCCCAGAACGUCUCACUAGCCGCACGAACCUCGUCCCUCAGCCCUUGAGUACUGGGCCCAGCAACCGCAACACCAGUCAGAUCCCGCUCCUUUCGCCCGAUGGUAUCAUUGAUCUCUCCCCAGAACUUCUGGCCGAAGAUAGCGUGGCAACCAGUACGAAGGAGAAGUUCGUUCCAUUGGAGGAGCAAACUAUGAGUAGCAGAGCCACCACGGUCAUAGCUGCUAACCGUUUCUCUGUUUUCAAAUUGUCCAAGGUGAGGACUUCGACUAGCUCCUUGAGGUCCGCAAUGAUCUCCUCCGGUGUGGGGGGAGGAACUUCCUCGGACGACAACGACGACGAAGAUGGCGUGGGUGACGGGCGAGGAGGGGGGGAAGGAGACAACUCCCAUAGGGGAGCACCAGGGCAAGCGGUGCGGAAGGAGACCAAGGGAGGGAGAGGAGGAGGAAGACCGGGAAGUUUGUCCGACGAUGAAGGAGAUUCUGUCGCGAACACUGAACGACGAGCAGCGGGCGGCGGGCGAGCGACGGGCGAAGAACGAGAAGUUGUGGAGACGUUCCUCUGCUUAGCAGGGGAAGGGGGAAGGAAGGAGCAGACGCCGGAUGUGCACGAUGCACAUCGUGUACCACGGUUGCGUUCACACUCCUCACCCUUGGGAGCCAGCUCCCACCUUCCAGGUUGGGCCGCGAGGAGGGCCAAGAGACUGGCCGAAGUUCUUACCGUUCCCGAGCGGGGAACAGGCGAGGAAGAUGGGGCUUCAACCCGUGCCCGUUUGCGAGCGGGGGUGGGCGAGGACAAAGCGGACGAAGAGGAAGAGGACACCGAUAUUGGUGAAGAAUUUUGUCGAUGUCUCUUCCUAGGAGACCGAAGGAUGGAAGAUUUUCUUGUUAAACUCGCCUCUUUUGAGGGAGUUUUUCUCUUUGCCGGGGUAGAGGACGGACCGGCGACGGGAGCGGGAGGCGCGGAUGACGAGGAAGACACCGACAGCGAAGGGAGAGCAGCCGAGAGAGAAGAGAGGCGAAGGCCAGCCGAGCUGGCAAGGCGGCGGACGAAGGACGAAGGGGGAGCAGGAGGGGGAGACUGA